AUGAAAUUAGUUAGGUGUUGUUCAGUAAGAUUUAUUUGCAAAGAUUACUUACUGAUAUCACCAACAGCGCUGGAAGAACGUACGCCAAUUAGAAUCGAUAACCAGGUACUACCAGUAACUGGGUUCUUCAAUCUCCAAGCACAAAUCAACGGUAUCAAUGGUGCCUCCACUGUUUCCGCAGUCUUGGUCAGUCCAACCUGUCAACCAAACAGAGACAAAUCAGAGCAACAACAAAUUGAAAACGAAAGAAAAAACGUCAUUCGUAAGGUUAAGGAUGCUAUGAACAAAUCAUAUGAUACCGGUAAAAUAUACACUGUUCAAUGCCACUAUUAA